AUGGCGACACAAGCUCUGCCAACCCCCAUCGAUCCCGCGUUCUUGUCACGCUUAGACGAUGACUUCGUCGAGUAUUACAAUAAGAACUUAGCCAUCAAACCGGCGACUCACAACAUCACCAUCGAGGAUAUUCGGGCUGCUCCUGAGAAGUUCGCUUCGCCGUGGUACCAAGAUUUUACUUACGAGCCUUUUGUCAAGGAUAUCAAGCUCAAAGCUGAAGAUGGCCAUGAGUUCACCGUGAGAUGUUAUCAUCCUGAUCCGAGAACGUCUCCUUUCGGCGAAGGGCCGUAUCCCAUCCACAUCAAUUUUCACGGUGGUGGCUUCGUGCUGGGAGACCUGACUGGUGAUGCAGAGCUUUGCAUGUUGGUGCGAAACCGAGUUGGAAUCAUCGUGAUGGAUGUUGACUAUAGGCUUUCACCCGAAAACACCUUUGGUAAAGGGCAUGAUGAUGCCUGGGCUGCUAUUUGUUGGGCCGUCAAAAAUGGCAAAGAGCUCAAUGGCCGACCGGACUCGAUUUCAAUUGGUGGAAUCUCAGCUGGUGGACACAUCAGUGCCGUGUGUCAACAGUUAGCUCGGGAUGCAAAGAUCGAUCUUAAGCUUGUCCCAGCAACGUGGAAGGGAGAUGAUAUGCACGACCCUGCUGACUCUCCAUAUCCGUCUGUUUCUGAGAAUGAGAAUGCGCCUUGUCUCAACUGGAAGCGUCUGAAGUUCUUCAGAUCACUCUACGAUCCAAAGACUGAUGCCGAAAAGGCCGAGGUUACUGCACGACCAGGAUGCUUCAGGAGUCCGAUUGACGGUAAUCUGGGUGGCGUUUGUAGGACUUAUGUUGCCACCGCGGGCUGUGAUCCGCUCCGUGAUGAAGGGGAGCACUACGCUCAGAAGCUUGUCGAAAACGGGGUGCAAGUGACCGUCCGGCGAUACACUGGUGUGCCGCAUCCGUUCAUGCAUAUGCUGGUGGUUAAGAAGGCCCAGAUGUACGUGGAUGAUAUCUGCGCUCAUCUACGCAUGGCCCACGGAGCCUAA